UUUUUUUUUCCCUGAGCAGAACAAAAGCUGAUCUUCUCCUAUCCAUCCAUCACACAUCAUCCUGUAGCCAACCAAUUUCCGCGUUUCCCCCUCCUUCAGCUAUUCUUUUACUUUCCGGCUUUCCCAAGUAUCCUACCUGUCAUAACCGUAUCAGACCUGUGCGCGCCCAUCUUCUCCAACGCAACAUUCUUCCCAUCUGGUGCAUCUGGUCCCUUUACCCUGGAACCGCGCCACAGUUUUUAUCGACGCAUUCUUGUCUGUCAUUAUCACCCGAUUUUCGCGUGCUGCUCUCUUGGCCACCGGCAAAUCGUCGCAAUCAGAUAAUCAGCCCCCGAGGUUUAUCUCAGCCCUGUGACGUUUAUCAGCCUUCGAUUCGCGCUGCGACAGUCGCGAACCUCUGGAAUCGGAACCAGUGACACCAUUGUGCCAAUUCUCAUCGUCUUUUGACGACGGUAUAACCCAGAGGAAAUCUGUUACGUGCGGCGAGGUCCUUUUUCAGUAGGAGUGAACAUAGUUCAAUCAGUGAAGCACCCCUCCUGCUUCACCCGCUUUCCCGCAACUCAUCGAUCGACCAACUAGCAGAGACCGUUCGACGACGCUAUUUCUCUUCGCUUUGCGACUACGAGCUUAGACAGCCCAGUGCUGUGUGACAACACGAAGCUAAAGUGUGAAGCUUUCAGGCCGACACGUCUUGUGGUGAGAACACGAGCGCAGUUCGUCUAAUUUACCUAGCAAUUGGGGAUCAUCAUUCGUGUCAUUUGUCGUGGACUUGAUACAGCCAAAGCUCGACAAUCUCCCCGACACCUGUGGAUUGGUUAUAUCGGCAUACCGGCGCCUGUUAUAGUAGGCUGUGAAACUUGCUUCCAGACGGUACCACACACAACCUUUCACAAUGGCGGAAUUCGUGCGGGCCCAGAUCUUCGGCACCACGUUCGAGAUAACUUCAAGAUAUUCAGACUUGCAGCCGGUUGGCAUGGGCGCAUUUGGACUGGUGUGCUCUGCGAGGGAUCAACUUACAAACCAGAAUGUCGCCAUCAAGAAGAUUAUGAAGCCCUUCAGCACACCCGUCUUGGCAAAGAGGACAUACAGGGAGCUCAAGCUGCUGAAGCACCUGAAGCACGAAAAUGUCAUCUCGCUCAGUGACAUCUUCAUCUCGCCGCUGGAGGACAUCUACUUUGUGACAGAACUUCUGGGUACCGACCUGCAUAGGCUCCUGACAUCCAGGCCUUUGGAGAAGCAGUUCAUCCAGUACUUCCUUUACCAAAUCAUGCGUGGCCUGAAAUACGUCCACUCAGCUGGUGUGGUACACAGAGAUCUGAAGCCUAGCAAUAUCUUGGUCAACGAGAACUGCGACUUGAAGAUCUGCGACUUUGGCCUUGCUCGCAUCCAGGACCCCCAGAUGACCGGCUAUGUUUCCACUAGGUACUACCGCGCGCCGGAAAUUAUGCUUACUUGGCAAAAAUACGACGUCGAGGUAGAUAUCUGGAGUGCCGGGUGCAUUUUCGCCGAGAUGCUGGAGGGCAAGCCACUGUUCCCUGGCAAGGACCACGUCAACCAAUUUUCCAUCAUCACGGAGUUGUUGGGAACGCCACCCGACGAUGUGAUCAACACAAUCGCCAGUGAAAACACUUUGCGAUUUGUCAAGUCACUCCCCAAGCGGGAGCGACAGCCUCUCAAGAACAAGUUCAAGAACGCGGACCCAUCAGCAAUCGACCUGUUGGAGAGGAUGCUCGUAUUCGACCCCAAGAAGCGCAUCACAGCGACAGAGGCAUUGGCCCACGAGUACCUGACCCCCUACCACGACCCCACCGACGAGCCCAUAGCCGAGGAGAAGUUCGAUUGGAGCUUCAAUGAUGCAGACCUACCCGUGGAUACAUGGAAAAUUAUGAUGUACUCGGAGAUUCUGGACUACCAUAACGCGGAAGCCGGUAUGCAACAGAUGGACGAUCAGUUUACCGGCCAAUAAAAGAAGAUCCAUUAGCGCUAGGUACUAGAAGCGAGGGUUGAGAGCAUACACGAUACCACGAUUACACCAACAGAUCACGACUUAACCUUUUGUCGAUUUCUUCCGUUUAUGAUUUCAUUUAUCACAACCGCGCAUAUGGACCAUGGGAGGGGGGAAUGCAAUCUACAUGAGCUGCUGGAGAGGCUCGAACGUCUGUGUUUCGAACCCCGAGCCGAUAAAAAAAAUCGGAGUAUACGCAGGGAAAGAUACAGACAGUUGUAAAGGUUCAGGGGGUGCAUCAUUGCACGGCCGAUUAUGUCGCAGUUUGUUGCGAAGCAUGUUAUAGAUACUUGUGGCACCCCUCAGGUAACAGAGAGGAAAAUAAAAUAAACUCGAAAAAAAAAUUAUCGUAUAACUGCGUGCCAGUCCGUACAAGUAGGUAUUGAUAUCCAGAGUGUGGGGUUGGGAUACGUUGGUAUACAUACAGCUGGAAUGAAAACAUAAUCGUCUCCUUUGAUGGAUGCAAUCCCUGAUCGUCAGUGCUGCAAGCCUUUGGCUCAAAGCUAAUAUCCAGAGAUAUAUCAUUACAGUAGAGUACCUAAGCCAGCCGCCUAGCUCUAGCCGGGCCGUCGCGCACGUCAAAAGAAUCCUGCCUGCCAUUCAAACAGAGCCGAGUACAUAAAAACCCAUGGGUUUGGUGGGACGACGGGUUUUUAGGCGGAGUUUGAGUGCCGCGGCCGGCUUAUCCGCCAUGGCUGACUUGGUUGCAGUGGCUCCUUCCCC